GUUGCCGCUAAAGGCGCUGUUGUUCCGCCACAUUGGGCGCGAAAGUUUGUGUUGCUUGUGUAGGAUCGUUCGAGAAGAUUGGAAAAUUGACAUUUACGUGUAAAGAUGAAUCUUGCAGACGAGGACAGGGCUAGAAUUCCGAUAUUACCCGAAGAAAAAUUAAUAGAAUUUCUGAAUAGAUUUUUAUACUUAAAUAUUUCUAAAGAAGAUUUAAAUAAUCCUGAAGUGGUUGUAUUAGUCUUUGAAACUUUUUUAAAAGAUUUUGGAUAUAAUAUUGAUGCUCUAAAUCAGCUAAAUUGGAAUGCAUCUAAUACAUUUGAAGGAAACAUUGAGAAUUAUGAAGAAACUAUUCCACUACUUAAUUUAUUAGUUGUGAUGAAAGUCGUUGCCACAAGAUGCAGCAUUAACGAUUUCACUGUCAGAGAUAUCAUGGAGCCAAAGCGUAAAAGAACUCGUCGCAUUCUAUCGUACUUUGCGAAUUAUUGGCAGUUUUCUGUAAAGAAUUUGGAAAUGUGGGUAAAAGCUAAAGAAAAAUACAGUGAAGCAGCCAAGAGAAAGAAGGAAUUGAUGAAUGACAUAGACAGAAUAAAACAACAAAUAAAUGAGAAAAGAAUACAGUUAACUAUGAACAGUGCUCAAGAUUCUGAGAUAGAAGAAGAAUGCAAAACUUACGUUGAAAAUUUGAAGAAAAUAAUGAAAACAAAGGAUGAAGUAACUGAAAAAUACCAAAAGUUAAAACAAAAAUUUGCUGAAAGGAAAAGCUAUGUGAGUAACAUCAAUGUUGAAAUAGCUUCUUGCAUUGAAAAAAAGAAAGAAUUGGAAAGUAAGAUUGUAUCCAGCGAACAGAGACAAGAACUGGAAGAUCUGGCCGACAAACUUCAGUUAUAUUACCAAAAGAACGAAGAAAUAUUUUCCAAAAUUGACGAGUAUAAGAAAUCAAGAAAUACUCAUGUAAAAGUGCAGGAUAAAUUAAACAAAGCCCUGGAAUUUCUUAAUAAUCUUAAUAAAGAAAUAAAUAAGGAUAGAAUGGUUACCGCUAAAUUAGAAGAUAUUACCAAUUCAAAUAAAACAGAGAUACAGAAAUCCGAGAAUUUACAAAGACAGUUGGACCAGAAGAAUUCGGAAUUAACUCAUUUGGAAGAGUGGAAUCAGAGAGAAGAAUUGAAGCACAAAAAACAGAUUGAGGAAUUAAAAUCACUGAUUGGUGAACAAGAGAAGUGUAUGGAAAAUAAUCAGGGAGAAGUUUUACAGAAACUCCUGUCAGAGAAACAUAGAAUUACCAACCGCAUACAAAAGCAUAAAGACGAAAGGAAAGAGUUAGACCAGGAAGUUGCUAAAAUGACACUUUCUAUGUCAAAGACUUUUGAAAAUUUUGGAAUAAGUGUGGCAGAAAGAUUAGAAGUCAUCAGAGAAGAUCUGGAAGAAUUACAGAAGAGAGAAAUUAAUUUUGACGAAUAAUUUCUCAUUGUCGUCAAAUGUUUGCUUUAUUAAUUAUAUUA